AUGCUAUUUUUGGGGAUGGCAUGGGCGAUGGAUGAUCUGAUCGCGGCGAGAUGUCAGUCCAAGUGUUUGAGGGAGCUGGAACAAAGGGUCAAGGUGGGUUUUACACCUUUUUUUAGCUAUUUUUUAAAUGUUAUGUCAGUUUUUAGGAUUUUUUAUUUUUUGACGAUUAUUCAAAUUUUAUGCAAAUUUUUUUAUCUUCCAAUUUUUUGAUUUUUGCUAUUUUUCCCCAAACGUCUUCCAAAUCUCUUUUCCAACCCAUUUCGACCUCCCCGCUAAACCUGCAAAGAUAUGCAAAUUCGGUAAUUUUAUUUGGUCGCCAUUUUAUGCAUCAGAAAUCACCCAAUAAUAGACUUUAUAAAUGCGUGAUGACCUCGUCUUUAAAGUGUUUAUGGGCUCCAUAAUGCCGGCAGAGAAAAGAGGAGGGUAUUAAUUUUUGAAUAGGUAAAUAUUAGAGAUGCUUUGUGUGGGAAAUUUGCAUAAACUCAAAGUUUUGAAAAAUAAAAAAAUACGUCAUGAUGACACAUUUUGUUUUAUUUUUUAAAAUAUGACUUAUGAUCAAAAUUGAAGAUAAAUUUUUUUUGGAGUCAGUCCGUAUUUUAGAAUGUUUUCCAGACUUCAUAAAUCUCCCGGCCCAUUCAUUCCUCGGCACUCUCGCCAUUCCUCCAUUAUUUUCUCGAGAGUCCAUUUAAUUCGGCACUCCAAAAACAAAACAAAACCGCAUCGUAAAUCAGCCGGAAAAGCGUUUUAUUAUUAGUUCGAGACCGCAAAGAAACUUUCCUCUAAUCAACAACAAAAGAUCGGAAGUAAGGGGAGAUCAAAGGCAUGGAAGGAAGUUUGGUGUAAUGUGGGAUGCGGAGUCAACUCUUGGGUAUUGCGAAUGACAAUAGUCGGUGUCCAAUCUUUAAAAUUUGAAGUUUUUUAAUUAUGCAAAUUUAUUAUCAAUGUUUACCAAAAUAUGCAAUAUCCCGAACUUUCCUUGCUUCCUCAAGCCCUCCAGAAUCGCUCUGCUCGCAGCGCACUUCCCCGAUUCCAAAAAUUUGCAUGCUCUGCUCUGCCAACCUUGAACAAGUUGGCUGCGGCUUAUUUUCCCAUGAUUUGGCUGACUUUCCGCUCACUCCGGAAGUCAGCGCCGACCCACCAAGUAAUUGCGGCGCGCCCUAAAUGCCGAGACAGAUGGGACUGAUAGGGAUCUCCGGCUUGAUGGACACGUCUUUAAUCCCCGAGAAGGGACAUGCUAAUCGCGGUGUGUUCCCAUUAAUCUCGGUGUAAUAGCCGAGAUUCAAGGACAUUAUUCAAAUAUUGGCUCGGCAAUAUUAGGGGUCUCUUCAAAAUUAUGACUUUCCGGUUACUUUUUACAAGGUCCCGGACAAAUUGCAGGUGUCCAAGGAAUAGCUGGAUUGCGCAAUGAGUCAAGAAUAGAAGUCAAUUAGAAUAUGAAAAUUAUGGGGUCUAGAUGGUCACUUAUGACGAUGAAUAGGCGAAAUUAAACAGCAAUUUUUUGGAGAUGUUUUAAUUUGUAAUUAAAGAUCUGAAUAUUCACAUAAGAAAUUUUGAAUAUUCAAAGACAAAAAGGUCACAUUUUAAGAUGAAAAAUGUUUUCGAGAUUUUGUAUCUUUUACAGUAAGCUAAAAUACGGUUUUCUGAACCCUCAAAAAUUUGCAUAAUCAAACAAAUUCUGAGCUCUGACCCACAUCUGAAGCCCUAAUCUUAUUUUUCCCUUGUUUUAGUAAACAAGACCGGAAAUUGUUGUCUUCCGUUGUUUGUUCGCUGCGAACACCGCGAGAACAGCCUGUUUUUAGGGUAUUUAGCGAACGAAUCAAAUAAAACUCCCAUAAAUUGUUCAAAUAUUCCAAGAAAGGGUACUGUAGCUUCCAAAGUAAAUAUUUAACUGUAUAAAAUACCGAGAGUAUUUUUUGAGACCAAACUUUGAUCCCCAUCUUUGCGCACAUAUGCCGUUUUCUGUGGUUUUAUUUUAUGGAGGGAAUAAAGAAGUUUAGUGAGGUAAUAAAAAAGAUCUCAGAAUUGCCGAGGGAUGUUCCUGGUUUAUGCAGAUCCCAAUUAAUUCGGUUUACGGCCCAUGUCCGGUUGAUUAAGGCAGCUCGGAGAUUAAUAGCGGCGGUUUAAACGAGCUUGAAGGUUUUCGUGGUGGGACCCCAAAGUUCAAAAUUAGGCAAUCAAAAAAAGGUGUUUGAAUUAGGCUACAGUAGUCGUAUUCUGACUCCAGUGACCAUAUUAUAUCCGAUUCCCAGCCUUUCCCCCUCCAAAGUAACCUCCGAUCUUCUCCUUGUCCACGAAUCCCCAACAAACCCGAUUCUUUUGUCGAAAGCGGCAUCCGUUUGUCCGAAAUGUCAAGAUUGCGCAACCACAGGGACAAACGAAUUAUUUGCUGAUGUCUCAUGUACAUGCAAGUCUUAUUAAACACAAUUAGAAGGGACGCAAUCUGGGCAAACAACAUUUCAAGGCGGCGUUCUUUGGAAUGCUCGGCAAAUUGCGGUACAUUUGGAGGGAAAAGCGUGCCGAAAAUGGCUUCAAGGUGAGAUCGAGGAUCAGCGGAGGAUCAGGCAUCUGACUUUUGGAGGUAUUAAUUAAGCAAUUAGUCAUAAUAUUCAAAUUUGACGCAACAAGCCAAAUUUUUUGACAAAAAAUGCAAAGUAAAGACAAAAAAGUCUAAAUUAGGUCGUUUAAUUAUGUUAUAAGGACGUAUUUUUUAGUCUAGUAGAGUUUUCUCAAAAUUGUCGCAAAAAUUUGCAUAUUUCUUUGCGUAAUUUCUUUGGUAAAUAUUGAUAAACAGAAGUGAUUUGCCGACCAAUUUACGAUUAUGACUUUGGCACUCUCGCCUCCCAUUCUUUGGGACUCCCGCGUUUUACGAGCGAGGCCAGAUUGCGGUGAUCAAAAGCGCUGAAUUCGGCGCCAGAAUCCCGGGAAAUGGGCUUUUAUUGGCGGCGGCGAUCAUUAAAAUUCGCGCGACAAAAAGCGGCGAUACUUUUUCUACCGAGGCUGUUAAACGCUCCAUUUAUUUUUCAAUACUGUAGAAGAAUAAACAGUAGCCACAAGAUGCCAAGCUAUACAUAUUAUACUUGAUAUUGUAGUAGCCAAAUCUGAUGAUAAAAGCUUACUGGAUGACAAUUAGAGUGUCAUGGAAGUCGAUCCGGAAGUCGCUUUUAUGGUCUCGAAUAUCCUUAAUCGCUCGCCAAAAAAGGCAUUCAGAUCGAUUACAUGUGCACUUUGCCUCUUUUUAAGAGUAAAAAGCCGAUCGGCCGGAUAAUCCGAAAAAAUUGGAGGUGCAAAGGAGAAGAUCGCCGACUUUUAACCUUAUUCUUCCAGAAUCUUUACUUUUUACUCCAUGAAAAACUACUAAAAAAUUAAAAUCAAAAUGAAAAAAAAAUUUGAUUAAUUCUCCGGAUUACUGUAUUUUUUAAAAUUUGGAUAAAAUCUGUCACGAUGACACCAUUUCCGCUCUAUUUUCCCGCCAAAGCAGCCGGAAAGAGUCGAUUUUUCAUCCGGAAAUCGCAUGAUCGCAUCCAAAAAAGGCCCAAGAAGUGUCGUUUUCGGUAAUAAAAUCGGCCUUUGGCGGGCCUCGCCAAUAAUGGCCAUAAAACACGCAAUCUACUUGAUUUUACAGUACAUCCUGCAGUGUUUGAUAUUGUAUGGGAUCUAGUAAUUUGUCAUGAAUUCUGCCAAAUUUGAAUAUUCAAAUAAAAUCGCUCUUUAUGCAGAUUUUAUGAACAGUUUUUUGGAGUGCGCCCUCUCGAUCCGGGGCUCCUUUGUUUCUCGAGAGGACAAGAUGGUCGUAUGUUCGGAGACAAGUGUUAAUAGCUGGUAAACAUUCCACUUCAGGCCAUUAAAGUGCCAACUCUAAUCCCGAAAAGGGCCCAAAAAAGGUGUCAUCAUGACUGAAUUUUUGGGAUUUUUUUCAAGAGAUAGUGAGUAAAUUAGACACGGACAUAAAAUAAUCUUUAAUUUGCAUAAAAUGGAAAUGAAAUUUGAAUAAAUUACAGUAAUCUGACUGUAACGUGAGAAUACUGUAAUUUUUUGUUAAUUUUACUCUAUUAUUACGGGCAAUUCCACCCCACUUCCCGCUGCGAUCCAUCAAGUAUUCGACUCAAUUGACCGGCCACUUUUGUUUUUUUUUGUUUUGGAUUACAAACAAAGUUUUGCCGAAAAAUGAGACGAUCUCGGCAUUCUUUUUUUGUCCCUUGAUCGAGGUGUUUGGCAAAUAAAACUUCCGUUCUUGGCAUCUACGGGUCAAGUUGUGGAUCGCAGCGGAUUCAAACAAACACAUUUGAAUAUAAAGAAAUUUGCAUAAAUUUGAAUAAUUUUAAAAAUUGUAUAAAUUCCGUCAUGACGACAUCUUUGGGUUUUGUGUGUGAGCCGGAUAUUCAAAUCCGUUUCCAUCAGCGAAAUUAGGGUCGUUUAGAGGGCCGGGGAUUAGUAACACCUUGUAAUUUGACCCCCGAAAUGGCGCUUUUUAUUAUUAAAAACACCAGCUGCGCAGUAAAUUCACUCCGUUUUUUGUCGAACACAGGAAAAAUCAAAAAAGGGACGGAUUUGAGGACAUAUGGCCACAAUUGGCCGUUCGAAAUUUGAAUAUCCGAAUUAAAAAAAGGCCUAAAUCUAAAGGCUUGAAGUCUAAAAUAAGGUAAAGAAUCGUUGUAAGGCUUCGGAAAUUGAAAGAUUUUGCUAUUAGAGUACGGGAUUAAAGCGAAAUUAUACAAUUCUCACCCUUUUACAGCGAUGGUUACAUAAUUUUAAUCGCAUUUUUCCAUUUAUGGCUUCGAAUCUCUCGAGAGGCGUUGCGUAAUGCAAACAUAUAAUCUCGGACAACACCGAGGAUCCCGGCUAUGCAAAUUAACUAUUGUUUUUGAAUGAGCAAACAAUUUGGAGGUCAAAAAACCCCUUCAAAUGAAUGGUUCUUCCAAAUUCUGAGCUUAAAUAAAUUUUAAAUAUUCCCACAAACGUCGUAUCCAUCAAUUCGUCACCUCUUUAAAUACGACAUUCACUUCCCUCAGGCGGAAUUCCUAAUGAAAACUCUCAAAAACGCAAUAAAUCCCAUCAAAAACUGACAUUACUGACACAUUCAAAUGGGGUUUUAAACCGAGCAUUUUUAAUCAGGAUUUCGUUGCAGGAUCAGCCGAAUCUGAGGAAACAAUUACGACACGAGACCCUGAGUUUGUGCAAGAAUGAUCAGAACUGUUCAUCGGUAAGUCAUUUCUAUGAAAUUUGAAAUUUUUCUGGGGAAAAGUUUUGCCGAUUUUUGAUCUUUUUUGGAGUUUUUAAUUCAGAAACAUUCGUUUUUUUCUCCUAAAUCCAUCAUAACGUAAAAAUUUACAUAAGAUUUACGUUUUUUAUGUACGUAAUUUUGAUGACCAGCUCGUCGUCACCCUCAUAUUUACCCUAAAUUCACCCCAUCUCAUAUUUCUUGGUCCUCAAAACCCCGGGUAAUCUCCAUUUUUAGCCAUUUUUCGGUCUAAUUACCGCCUAAAAUAAGGUCACUAAUUUCCGUUUUCCCCUAAUUUCUCUUCGUUGCGCAACUUGUGGAGGACUUUUUGGAUAGAAAACAUUUGAUUAAUGAUGGGAAACGGGAGGAUGCACAUACGUUGCGAUAUUGGUUAUAUAAUUUUAUAUUAUACUUGAGGAAAUUGUAAAUUACUGGAGGAAAGAGGGUCCUCUCAUUAAAAGUUUGUUCGAUACUAUGCUAAUUAUAGGGCCUAGUCUUUAUAUUCGCGAUUUGCCCGGAUUUAAGGACUUUUGAAGGGCUGAAAAGCGGAGAAAUUUAAAUAAUUUGCAUAAUUUUGGGACUUGAGGAAGUUUCAAGUGGUCUAACUAAAUUUUCGACGAGGAUUGGGUCCUUCGGUUAUCCUGAAGCCACAAGUUGGUUGUAAAUUCAUAUAAGACACCACAAUUCUUCACAACAUUUAAAAAUUAUGUAAAUUUUUAGUGUGUUCUGCCAUGCAAAGAACCAGUGGAUUCGAACCAACGGUGUGCAAUUCAGGUCUGUAAAAGCGCCGAGAAUCGUCGGGCAUGCGAGGAUUCAUGCGUUUUCUUAGAGAAAAUCAGCAAAAAGAAGCCGGGAAAUUGCCCUAAACCCAAAUUGUUUUCGGCCGACGAAUGUUCGGCCGAAUGUAAUCGGGAUUCGGAUUGUUCGGAGACUCAGAAGUGCUGUACCGUGGGAUGUUCUCGUGUUUGUACGGAGCCGGACGGUCUGGACGAUGGGAAAUUACUUCCAGUGCCUGAGGGGAUUAGUGUAAUCGAGCGGAAAAGGAAAAGGUAAAAUACAAUUUUAAUUGAAUAAAAAACCGAUAUUUAAAUACAAAUGUUUCUAACUCACAAAAAAAUUCGAUUGGUUUGGGAUGGAAGUUAAUUUUUUUAAUUCAGAAGUGCCGUAGUUCGAUGGAUAAUGAAAAAGAUGUCUCCCCAGCACACCCAGACCAUCUCCAAUAUUUUUGUGAUCCAAUGGCGAUGGGGAGUGUCCAAAGACCCCGCCGAAAUGACCCCAUGGCAAACUAUCAUUGUGGUAUGUUCAUCGUCUAUAUUGUACAUGACCGUCGUCCAAAUUUUUUAUAAGUUUUUUUCAGAAGAACAAAAUGUAUGCAAUUCUGAAGCAUCUGCUCAGUCCAGGCCGCUUUUACAUCUUCCGAAUUGCCUCGGUUAACACUUAUGGCACUGCUGGAUUCUCCGAGGCAUCGCUUCCGUUUAAAUUAUCCAAGGAAGUCAAGGCCCCGUCAGCGCCGAGUAACUUUACAAUCGCCAAUGAAACCAUGGAUCCAAAUCAAAAUUACUGGACAGUCCAGCUCUCCUGGACCCCUCCGGCCUCCGAAUUGCCCAUCAAAGACUACAUCUUGACCUGGUGGAAGUCGACGGCCGAUGGGGCCGAGAUCUACGAGAAGCAGAUGAUCGGCCAAAAAGCGGCUCUGGUCCAACGAAAACGAACCGUGGAUGAUGAGAUUGACGACGAGCCGGAAGAAGAGGACUCGGAAGCUGUUGCGAAUACCGGCGUUGACCGACGAAGCUCCAUUCUGCCAAGUUAUACGACCAAACAUGUUUUGGAUGAGAAAUUGGAACCGGGCCAAGUGUACGUAGUGGAAUUGGUGACCAACGUGGAGAGUACGGAAGGGGAGCUAAGGGGAGAACCAGCCAUAUUGGUGAUCAGGACCAAGGACAAGAUGGUCACCACAACAACUCCAGUGAGUUAUGAUCCGGUCGGCAGACAGAGCGAUGUGGAGAUUGAGAGAUUGCCCACUAAAACGGUGCAGAAAAUGAUGGAAAACAGCCUGGAAUUGGGAAUGAAGGAAGACCGGGGACGCGUAAGUAGCUUUCCUUUGCAUUUUUGUUACCAAAAAAUAUUUCGAUACCAUUUUGUCUAAAGCAUAUAAAAUUUUGUGAAGAGUAAUUUUAAAAAAUUAUCUUCCAGGACCCCAAACAGCCCACCGUUUUCCGCGCUGAUCUCCAAUCGCCUUAUUUCGAGAAUGGACAGCUCCGUUCAACCGUUUCCUGGUUGGAUCACAGUCGAUGUACUCCUUUGAAUCGAGAUUUCAUCGUCCGUCUGAAGUCGAUUCGUUGUCCAAUUCAAGUGACCUCCGAGCAACUUGUCCAGGAAUGCCUGGCCCCUCUGGAUGACCUCCAAUUCCGCUGUGAUUACGUCGUUGAAGUCCGCGAUGGAUCCGAUGGAGAAUUGCUGAGUCGAUUGGCUUUCUCCGCCCCAAGUUGUGCGUCAACGCCAAGUCUCGAGACCAUCGAUUGCUCCAAAUACGACCAACAAGCCGUCUUUGGACAACAAGCCCUGGUUCACGGCCAAAUGGUCUCUUGUUUACCGUCAAAUCGAGACGAAACAAAUGCCGUGGAGUGCGAGUGGAAUGUGGGCGAGGACAAGGAGCAGAUCGUGGGCUAUCGAGCGGUGCUGGCAGCCUCGAAUCAGCCAGAACCCAGGGUCAGCAUCGUCCCAGCCAAUACUCGGCGACUCAGAUUCGAUGAUUUGACGGCCGGAACUGAUUACCGACUGCAAAUCCAGGCGGUUACUACCUCAGGAUUGGGUUCGGAAGUGUCGACCCAGUUCAGAACCGGAGCUGCGGGAGUAUUCUUGCUUCAGAAUAUCAAUCCAGACCAGAAGGGAUUACAAUUGGAGGCCAUUUCCAGCAAUUCUGUUACAAUACUGGUCUCAAAUACAGUAAUCCUGCUGUCAUUUGGUCUGUUCUUACUUCAGAGGAUACUGUAG